UUUUAACAUAAACUACAAAUGUACAGGAAGCCAAGGAAAAAAGGAGAUGAUGAUAAACUCGAGAGAAGUCGUACGUACAGUGUAUUUCCUACUGGUGAUAAUGAUGGUGCUGAUGAAACAUUCGAAUCCGAAGGUCCCCUGGAUGUAUCAACAAGUGAAUUAGGUAUGGAUAGAUUACAGGAAAUAUGGACAGAACUGGGAGUAGGAAAGGAUGGAUAUUUAACUCUAGAUGAGUUAAGUCGUGUCUGUAAUCAUAUUGGUAUGAAAGGCAUGACAGAUGAGGAAAUUCAUGCCAUAUUUGUUAACCUUGAUGGUGACCAGGAUGGAAAGGUCAGUUUUAACGAAUUUAUCCGUGGAUUUCUACAUCAUUUGUCCGACCACAAAGAACAACAUCUAAGUCCAAUAUCUCGAGUACCGCAAUCCAUGACGAAAGUACGGAGAGCAGCAACAUUUAAUAAGGAUGAUCAGAGUAUGGGUCCAUCUUUUAUAGCUGAUGGUGGAGCAGCUGGUCUGUUUUCAGCUAUUGAUCCUGAUAAUACAGGAUCAGCCAAACCAUCUGAUAUUAUAGAUUUGUGGGAAAGAGUUGGUAUCACUCAAGGUUUAGAUAUUCUUAUGACUCUAGGAUUUGAAGUUGAUUCAAGAGUAAAUUUAGCUGAGUUAUCGUUUGAUUUAGAACGUGAAUUAUUAGCUAACAAUAAUCAGGAUAUAUUAUAUCAGGCAGCAUUAGCUACUUAUCAACAAGAAAUCAAACAUCUCAGAGUUGAAUUAGAUAAUGUAAGUGGUGAAAGAGAUAAAUUACGAUUAGAUUUAACAGAAGCUAAUACUAGAAAUACUCUCAUGGCUAAAGAAAGUGAUGAAAGACACGCAAACUUAGAAAAAUCAGCAGAAAUCAAAUUAUUUGAAGUUAUAGCUGAAAUAAAACGAACCUAUGUAACUAUAGAGAAGAAGUAUACAGAUCAAAUUAAAAGUUUACAGUCGUCAUUAGAUGAAGAACGUGAAAGCCAUUCAUCUGUCUCUACCCAUUUACAUAAACAACUGAAAGAACAUCGGGAAGCUGUCAGACUGGAGGAAACAGCUUUACGAGAACAAAUUGAACAAGCUCAGAUUGAAAUCCAAAGAUUAGAAGAAGAUAGAGCCGAAUCAGUGAGAAGAUUGUUAGAAGCUGAAAAAAUGAUCCACAGAUUACAGAAAGAACUAGAAGUAACUGGAGAACUUAGACAAAAAUUAUCAGAAUAUGAACGCUUGGAAAACAAACAGAAUUUGCAAGACCAAAAAUUUACCAAAGAUAAAUUAAUUAAAGUUGAAAAUGAAAACAAGAAUUUAAAAGAUAAAAAUGAUGAAUUAACCGCAGAAGUAGAGACUAUGAGACACAAAAUGGCAGUAUCCAAGAGAAGUCAGCGUCAUAGUACUGGUGGUAAAUCGACUCGUAUACCUAUACGAGAAGGUUCAUUAUUAUCAGAUUAUGGUAAAACAAGUUAUCGUAAAAAUAAAUCCGUCUCAAGUCUGCCAUCUUUAUCGUCAGUUGAAAAUGAGAUAGAAGAAGAUGAGUUUGAUUCAAUCAAUAAACCAAUUGCUACGUUUACUGAUCUACCAUCACCAGAUGAAUUUGCUGGAGGAAGUCAGAAGAAAGUAGCCAAUCUACAGAAAGAACUUCGUGAAAAUAGAGAAUAUUUAGAACGGGAAAAGAAAGAAAUAGAACAUGCGUACAGAUUAGAAAUAGCGCAAUUAGAGGAACAACAUUUACAUGAAAAAGAACAAUUGUUACGAAACGUUGAAGAAGCAAAGGCCAAAGAGCAUGAGGCCUUUAAUCGUAGCAAAGACGCUUUAUCAGCUGAGAUGCAGAAAGAAUUGCAGACGUCAUUUGCCAUGGAAAAACAAGAUUUAGUGCUAAAAUACGAAUCUGAGAAAAAUCAUCUGGAACACAAUGCUAGUGAAGAAAGAAGGAAAUUAACAGAAAGGUUAAAAGAGGAAUUUGAUCGUGAUGUAACACAUAAGAUGAUCGAACUGAAAAACGAAUUUAAUACAGAACGAACCAAACUAGAGGACACCAACCGAGAUCAACAAAUUACAAUACAAAGUUUAAAACGAAAAAUAACUGAAGUUGAUUUAAAAAUGAAACUACAAGAGGAAGAGUUAUCUCUCCAGUUUGAUCAAGAACGUCAAGAUCUGAAAGAACGACACAGACUCGAAUUGAAACAAGUUGAAAUGAGUCAUAAACGAGAAAUUAUGGAAUACGAAAAUAUGCUUUGUGGGGGUGUUGAAUGUUUAAAAGGUAAAUUAAAAGACGAUUUUUAUGGUUUAUUAUCACAACAAAAAGAGGAGGAACUAAUAGUUGAUAGAUCAGCCAUGUUAGAACACAUGCAACAGAAUGAUAAUAGACAAAUGUCAUUACUGGAUGACGAAAGAUCUCAAUUAUAUGCUGAGUUUGAAGCAAAGAAAUGUGAAAUUAUUGAAAAGUUCGAGAAACAGAUUGAAGCAUUGAAACAGGAUAUGGACCACUUAAAAACAAGAAUGGAUGAGGAACGACAACAACUACUGGACACACACACUCUUGAAAAAGAAACAUUGGAAGAAAGUCUUUCCAAAUCUGUCCGUGAAGAAAUUGAGGGAGAAUUUACUCAACAUAUGGAGAAAUUAAAGAAAACAUACGAAGAAGAACAGGAUGCUCUUGAAACCAGGAAUCGUAUCAGUGAGGAAGAAAUUCUAUUUUUACAACAAGAGGUUGCCAAAAAGGAAGAACAAUUGGCUAAGAUGGAAGAAUUAGACUCAUCUGUAGCCAUACUCCAGGAAGAUAAGAAAAAGCUUGUGACUGAAAGACAGGAGUUAAAUAUUGUAGUUAAUAAUUAUGAAUCAGAAUUAUCUUCAACGAAAUCUAGUUUGCAACAAAAACUUGAACAGGUCACAUCUGCUAAGAUUGAUUUAGAAACAAAAGUUGAGGAACUACUUUCUAAUAAAUGUAAACUAGAGAAAAAGGUAGAAGAAUUGAAAACCACGAAAUAUGAUUUGGAAAGACGUAUCGAUGAAAUGAAUGUCGAGAAUGAUACAACAUUAUCUGUCGUAAAAUCUGAACAUCUUGAGGCUCUUAGCCAAUCAGAAUUGAAAGAACAGGCUUUAAUUGAAAGUUUUAAAGAAGAAAAAUCUGUUUUGGAUAUGCAGAUUGUCUGUUUAAAGGAGAAAGUUGAACAAUUACAGGAACAGAUUAAUGAUAUUGUUCACUUAGAGAGUAUGAAUGAACAUUUAUCUGAUGACAAGAAACAACUAGAAGACCAAAUUACAGAUUCAAUGGAACAGAAUACACGCUUAAAGAUGGAAAUUAAUAGAUUCAGACAGAAUGAAGAAGAUUUUGAAGAUAAAAUAACACUGCUGGAAAAAGAAAUAGAAAGAUUGUCUGAUGAAGAUGUUCAGUUAAAGGGUGUUUGUGAAGAGUUAUCAAAUGAUAAGAAACAGCUAGAACAUGAAUUACAAGAAUCUAGAGAACAUAGCACACAAUUACAGGGUGUGAAUGAACAGUUAACAGUUGAUAAAAAACAGCUAGACGAUAAAAUCAAAUUAUUUCAACAUCAGAUACAAGAAUUAACACAACAAAACACACGAUUACAGUCUGAAAUAAAUAGACUGAAACAAAAUGAAGGAGAUUUUGAAGAUAAAGUUACGCUGUUAGAGAAAGAACUCGAACGGAAAUCUGACGAAAACAUUCAAUUAGAGACUGUUUUUGAGGAUGUUUCUGCAGAAAACUCGGCUCUUGUUGCUCAGGUUACAGUAUUAAAGGAAGAAGCUACUCUUCAACAGAAAAAAGCAGAAAUGAUCCUUGAAGCUGACAAUCAGAAUCAAGACACAGUUGUUCCUAAAGAAGUUGUUGAAAAACGUUUACAAUCAGCACUAGGACAAGUAGCCAUGGCAACACAAAACUACUCAGAAGAUAAUGAGUCAUCAGAAGAUAAAGAAAAUAUUAGAGAAGAGAAAACACAAUCUCACGAUGCUGUCUUGAUUAAAAUGCUACAGGAGGAUUUAAAACAAAUGACACAAAGAAAAGAAGAAUAUAAAAGAUUGGCUGAAAACUUAAAGAAACAGAUGCAUGAUCUUGAUAAAAUGAAACACAAACACGAUAAGGAACAAAUUGUUACUUUACAGAAAGAGAAGGAAAAAUUGGAAAACAUUUUACAAUCUACCAAUAAUCAGAAUUCUUGGCUUCGUUCCAUGACAGAAGAUCUACGUCUAUUUGAAGCCAGUACAAAUUUAGCUAAGUCUCAAUAUAAAUAUGUGAAUGAGAUUCAGUCAUGGAAAGAGAAGACAAAUAGUAUGGUAGAUUUAGAGAAUUAUACAAAAGUUCAGCUGAAUUUAUUUGAACAGCAGAGAUUAGUUCUCUUGUUACAAGAUGCUCUCAGAACUCAACAUGAAGCGACAGAAAAAUUACAUAAAGAUCUGGUUCAAGGUCAUAAUAAGAAAAUGGCGAUUGUUGAAGGUGAUAAACAAAGGUUAACGCAGAAGUUAGAACAGUAUAAAUCUUCUCUAAUUGAAGUCAACGACAAAUACUGUACUAUGCUAUCUGAAAAUAAAAAUCUAUUCACAGACAAAUCCAAGUUAACACAGACCUUACGCGAUACCGUUAAACGUGAAAUGCAGCUAGAAAAAAAAUGUGAACAACUUCAACAAUUAGCAAAAACACUUCGCUCUUUGCUGAAUAGAACAUAUUGCGAAGUUUUGAGCUAGAAAUUUUAGAAACCUUUUUUUAUUAUCAUUCAUUAAAAUCAGCAGUAUUAUGACAUUAAUAUAGAAUAGUGUGUGCAAUAAUCGUGCAAUAUUCAGAGACUAAUUUACAUAGUCGUAUCAUCCUGUUUGCUGCCAUUUUGUGGUGCAGUUACUAAGUGGGUAAGACACUGGAUUGCUAGCCUGGAGGUAGUGUGUUCGAUCCCGGAAUUGACUGAGAAAGUUCAUCGGGAUGUUCCGACGUGGUUUCCCCUUGUCAGUGUUGCAGUACGGGCGGAUUGACAAGGACAACUGUCUAGUCGUUUGGAUGGGAUGAAAAACCAAGGUCACGUUUGGUGAAAAACCAAUGUCACGUUUAUACAUUGGCGUGCACCUAAAAGAUCCCUUGGUAGUUGCAUUUCGAUAUAAGAAUAGGCCAUAGUGCCGUUGCCCGGGCAAAAUUUCCUUCAUAGCACACUAUAGCCAGUCGGAGCAAAACAGGAGGACGUCAAACCACAUUUCAUUUUAAAGAUAGUGUAUUAUAUAAUAGUUUAAUACUGAAUAAUUUUUUGAAACAUUUGAUGAUAUUUUUUAUCAGUUCCAACUCAUCCAGUUUGCUGCCAGUUUAUGGUGCAGUUAUGUUAAAGGAUAGUGUAACAUAACAUAGUUUAAUACUAAAUAACCAUUUGAAUCAUUUGAUAUGUUUUAUUAAUACCAGCUCAUUAAUGUAUAAUCAUUCAACUACAGCUCAAACAUAUUUUAGCAAUAAUUAUCAAAACAAAUUCAAAACAUUUCCAGAAUUAUCACUAUUGUGAACUCAAACAUUUCCAAAAAAUCUCAUCCGAGUGAUUUCAAAACAUGCCAAAUUGGAUAAUUGAAAUACUGCACUGGAGUAUUUUCUUUAAUGUGCAUUUAUAUUAUGAAAAUCAUAUACUAGUCACAAUGUUUCAUUGAUUUAUACACUGACUGGAGUAUUUAUACUAUGUUAAUCAUAUACUAGUCACAAUGGUUCAUUGAUUUAUACAUUGACUCAUUACAGUUUGUUUUAUAAUAUAAAAGACCAGUUUCCAUUUUUUAAGAUCCAAAUCAAAAAGUGUUCCAGUUAUAUGUUGCCAAAAUAGAUUUAGUGAUAACAUUUCAUUGUAUAGUGUGUAAAGUGUAUAGUAGUGUUUUGUAUUUUGCAUGUAUUAUAGUGUUUUGUAAAAUGUAUAAAAGGGAGUUGUAAACUGCUUAUAGUGUGAGUUAUAACUGUGUAUUAAAGUGUUUUGUAAACUGUUUAUAGUGUGAGUUAAAAGUGUGUAUAUAGUUAUAACUGUUUAUUAUAGUGUUCUGUAAACUAUAACUUAGUGUGAGUUAUAAGAGUGCUGUAAACUCUGUAUAAUAGUAUGAAUGUUGUAAAUGUGUAGAUACUCAUCCUUUGUGCUUUAGAUAUGACACUAGAAAUCAACCGUAUGUACAUAUCAUUGCAUCUCAUUUGUGUCUUGUAUGAUCCACGAUAUAGGGCAUAAAUCAUCUCCCAAUGUUGCCAAAAAUGUUAUUUGAUUGAAUCGAUCUAGUCAUAAUUUAUAUUUAUUAUAUAUUAUAACCCAAUAAUACACUAGUCAUAGCUCAUGUAGUUUUCGGUUCUUUUUUUUUUUUUACUUUUUUUUAUUAAGAAUUGAUUAUUUAUGAAGAACUUAAGAACUACAGUGAUAUACUGAAUUAAGUGCUCAUCCAAAAGAAAGCAAAUUUAAAUUUGUGUUUUAUUUGUUACAAAGUGCAAUAUACAUGUCUAGUAUUUUUAAUGUCAUUAAUACUCUUUGUAUUUCAAAAUCUUUUUAAUGUUAUUCAUACUCUUGAUAUUUAAAAAAAAAAAUUUAUUAAAGAAGUUUACAUAUCAGGAUCCCAAUAUUGUGCCGGUUGCAUAUAUUUAAGGUGAGCUUUUUUUAUAAAGCUGGAGUCGACAUCGUUACCAACAUAUAAGGAUCUCACUAUUGUGAAGUUUGGAUACAUUACUGCAAGCUUUAUUAUAAGACUGGAGUCCACAUGGAUACUAUGGUAAACCCUUUGUGUAUUAUAUGAUGUUAUCUUAGUCUGAGGACCUGAAUAUCAGAAUUAUAGUCAUUGUCUUGGGACAUAUAUCAGUAUCUUACUUUAGUAUCUACCUCAGAAAAUCUGGUGUAUGUGUGAAAUAUUUAAUUUUAGGGUGUAAAAUCUGAUGUUAGUCCAGCUAUAUGCUGAGUUAUUAUUAUGAUUUUUUAUUAGCAAGGAAUAUGUCCGUACAAUUAAACCAUGGUAAAGAAAAAACUCAAAUAAUUUCUUUAAGCAUUUAAUAAUCUUUUAUCUCUAAAAAUGACAUGUAUAUUAAUUUGAAUUUAACAGUUUUAAUAAACUAUU